AGAGAAAUGGAAGAGCAUUCCGGAUAUAAACACAGGUUUAAAUCUCACAGAAGGAGACAUCAUGGAGCCUAGGCAAGGGAGCGCUAUUGGUGAUCAGUCCUUGUGGGAUAUUCCUGUCCCCUAUGAGCUGAGUGUAAAUCUCAGUAUGAAUGACAGAGGAGUCGUUCUGAGAGCCUUCGAGCAGUUCAGACUGAAAUCAUGUGUUGACUUUAAGCCCCGAGCAGCAGAAGAGUUUUACAUCUCUGUGGAGAGUCAUAAAGGGUGUUGGUCAUAUAUCGGACGCUCGUCUCCUGGAGGACAGACUCUUUCCAUUGGAAAGGACUGUGGAAGAAAAGGCAUUGUUGAGCACCAGUUUCUCCAUGCACUGGGAUUGAACCACGAGCAUUCGAGAUACGACAGAGAUGAUUACGUGACAAAUCAAAUAUGAAAACAUCGUGAAAGGAUAUGAGAGUUAUUUCAGUAAACACAGUGAGAACGUGUCCACUACCCAAGAAACCCCA